UUACCAUCCGAGUAAAUCAGCUGUUCUAAAUAUAUCGAAGUCGCGCAAAUGUGUUGGUAUAAUCUCAUACUAAAUAAUACUUCAAUUUUAUCAAACGUGUGACUGUUUGGUUUCACAUUUGGAAUUUUGUGAAAAAUGUUUAAAUUUGAAUUUACAAGAACUGCAACUGAUGCUAAUGAAGAGGAUAAUAAUAAGAAAGAGGAAUUAGAAUGGAUUCCUGCUUCUAAACUCGAAAUAACGUCCGAACAAAUCGGAGCGAAAUAUGAAACAGAUUAUUAUACAGAAACAAAAAUGUUUCCUGAUUAUACUAUAAAGUUAAUUCGUUCCGAUAAAGUGGUGAAGGAUUUGACUAAGUAUAACUAUCAGAAUAUUAUUGAAGCUGAGACACAACAUUCCGAUCUGAUUCCAGCAAAGUAUGAAGGCGGAUUAAAAAUCUGGGAAUGCACAUUUGAUUUGGGCCAGUAUAUAUUGGAACAACAAAUCGCACUGAAAAAUAAGCUCAUCUUGGAUUUAGGAUGUGGAGUUGGUUUGAUCGGCCUUAUCGCUCUUUUCAAUAAUUCUACAGUUCAUUUUCAAGAUUAUAAUGCAGAAGUGCUAAGGUUCGUAACUAUUCCGAACGUGCUAUUGAAUUUUGACGAUCGUGCGAAUAUAUUUACAAAAUGUGAAUUUUAUGCCGGAGAUUGGGCUUCCUUCGCGACGUUAUUCGACGGUGAUGAAAGUAGGAAAUACGAUUAUAUCUUUACAAGCGAAACGAUUUAUAAUCCAGAUAAUCAUAAAAAGUUGUAUGACAUUUUUAAGAGAAGAUUAAAAAUUAAUGGCGUUGGAUUUGUCGCUGGAAAAACCUAUUAUUUCGGCGUGGGUGGUGGAAUGAGGCAGUUCGAGGAUCUCAUAUUGAAGGAUGAGUGCUUCGAUGUAAAAUCGGUGUGGAUAAGUCAAGAUGGAGUGAACAGAGAAAUCUUGAAACUCACGAGAAAAACGUGUCAAGAACAUUACAUGCUUAGUGUGUAACAUUAUUGUCUUUAUGGAAGUAUGAGGUAUUGGCUCGGAAUGUUGCAGUGAUUAAUAGCGCGAUUCUUCUGAAGAUUGGUUGAUCAUUUCAUACAUAUAAAAACUGUUCAUUCUCACGUUUCUCACAUUUUUUAAUAAACACAGUGAAUUUUUCUUUUA